AUGGCAAAUACCAAACAAAAGGGAAUCACAUACACCCCUCCUACAAAGAAACGAUUACCUCAGCUGUAUAAGCUCAAGGAAAAAACUACAACCAGGGGAUCGAGGUCAUCUUGGGUGAAAGAUUCAUGGGCUAGGAAAACAAAGUCGGUAACAUCAUCACCAAUAAAAUCACCCUCAAAGCAUAAAUCUGGGUCGCCUCACUUGCUCUAUGAAGGUGCUGACUUUGAGUUUGACCAAGAAACUUCACUCAUUAAAGUUGGCCUGCACAUUCACCUUGCUCACGACGGCACUCCAUGUCCCAGCAGCACCGAUGACUCAUCAGACUUCUUUCAGUGGUCAGAUACCGAUGACAAUAUAGAUGACGAUUAUCCGGAAGGACCUUUCAUUCAACCGGUCAGAGACUCAGAUCGUCCGGCAAUAACUGUAGUAGACAAGUCCGGCGUUCACUCCCUUUCCAUAUGUUAUUGCCAAUGCCCCAGUGCUCUCAGCCGAGACAUACAGCUCUUUCAAGCAGGCUUGUUUCCGGCGUCUUUCACCAGACCAAAAACUGCAUUCACAUUCGCUGUCUUGGACGACUUUCUGUUAGACAAUCUCGAGUGCGGUACAUCGGCCAUGAAUUACUACAGCAAAAUUCGCAGACUCACCUCUAGCAUCUUUCCACUGAUGGUUCCGGAUCGCUAUAGAGAGCUCAUGAGAGCUGCCAGGCAGUGGCGACAAUGCAAGCUCUACAAGUGGCAUGGAUUUGCCCACAAAGAUGACCAGCCAAAGGAUGGUGAUCUUGCCCUAUUUUGUCCGGCAUGUCCGCAACCGGGUAUAAACUUGGACCUGUCUACCAGUACAGUCGCCCAGCCUGACGAUACACCUUCCUGGCUCAUGACUAGGUAUUUGGUCAUGGAUGGCAAUUUCAAAGCCGAGCACAUGCAUCCGGUGAAUCCAUCCGAUGAAGUAUCAUUAAUGGAUGGUCUGGGGUUCAUGGUCUCCGAUGAAAGAUACAAGAGCCAUUUGGCCAUUGCUCAAGACAAUGUCCAAAGGUCGGAUUGCAAUAAUCACCGGGCAGUAAAUCAAGCAAACGCCUCGCGGCAAAGGCUGGAAGCCACCGGUAUAGGAGGAUGUGCAUGUGCACGGCAUGGAUGUUUUGUCCCACAUUCCAUGGUUGACUUUCAGAAAGGCGAAAGGCAGAUGAACAUGGACUAUGCAUUAAGUCAAGCUCUCAACUAUAAGACCGACGGAAUCUCUCGAGCCAUCACAUUCUACGACAUAAAUUGUAUGGAUAUCAUUCCUGGAAUCGGUUUGUGGCAUGUACAUGGACAUCAAGACAACUGCUUUGUCCGGUAUGCAUCAAAUUUUAUCCAUGGGACCGGCCGGAUAGACGGAGAGAUUAUGGAAACCCUCUGGGCACCUUUGAAUAUAAUAUCUCCAUCGGCCAGGGGCAUGGGAACUCCCCAUCGCAAGGAGGUAUUGGAUUAUCAGAUGAAUGAUUGUAAUUUCAUGAAAAUGAUUCGUAUAACUAAGUUUCUGUCCAGAAAAUUCAAAGAGGCCAUCAAGGGGGCUUCGGAAAGCAAACUUGCUUUUGAUAAUCUUAACGAGACCGCCAACCCCGACAUGGUAGUUCUUUGGAAGGCAGAGGAGGCAUUGGCUCAUGCAAACAGAGCAGAGGAUCCUACGGCUAUGGACAUCUAUGAGGUCCGGUUGGAAAGAGGCAAGUGUCCACUUUUAUUGGCUGUCCGGCUCAAAAUCGCCCUGAACAUCCGGUCAUCAACCCUCCGGUCGACGAGGAGCCGCCACUUGGCUUGCAACCGGUCUUACCAUAGAGGAAUCGCAAAUAUCUCUCUGCAAGGAUAUUACUCCGAUUUUGACGAAGAUCAAAAUCCUGAUCUGGACGUACACAAUGCUUCCAUAUUUCAACCGGAGCUCACUGUCAUACCCCUACCAUCCAACAUUGGUGCAGUGAGGUGCAGGGAGUUAGGUCUCACCAAUCUCAUCAAAGAAGAAAUUGCCCUCCGAGAAGUUGAAACAGCAGUCAAUCUCCAUGCUCGUAUAUAUUCGAAAUGCCGGUCGCAACUGGCCAAACUCCCUGACCACGACCUCUUGAAGAAAUACCUUCCUUUGAAGAAAGAAGACCUGAAAGCCAGCUCUGCGGUGGCCGAUCCAAAUGCACGUGUUUACCGGGUUAAUUGGCUCCGGACAAAAGCACUGCGCGAUCGCUGGAAUGAGGAGGUUAUUCUUGUCAAACACGAAAUGCAGUGGUCAAUUAAUUUCUUCACCCACAGAGCCAAGCAAUGGCUCUGUCACAUGCACAAUGCUACUUCUGCAGGGCUCACCGGACAUACAUGUUAUGCUGCCAGACAAUCUCACAUAUAUGACCUGCUGGCAGCACAUGCAGAGGAUGCUUUUCGGAAAAUGAUCGUUGGGAUAGAAGUCCCAGUUCCGGCGGCAUAUGCAGAGGAUGCUCUGCGGGAAAUGAUCGUUCGGAUAGAAGUACCGGUGCCGGUGUGCCGGUCACACCAUAGCCUCAUAUUCCUCUCCAUGGACAAUACUGUAACUCUCAUCCCCUCCAACCAAGUCAUCAUUGCCGCCAAGGGCAAUCACAUCACAGCUGCAGAUAUCUCUCGUGCCCUAUUCUAUGCCAAUUCCCGGAUGCUGGCCAUGCGCCUGUAUGUCGACAAGAGUUUUGCCACUGCCAUACCUGGUUAUGCAGAGACGUUCUACACCCUGAUGAAAUGGGAGAUGGAGACCUUUGCAACACCUUUCAUCAAUAUAUGUUUUAUCACCCGGUUGUCAGCUACUAUUCCUCAACUUCUCAAGGAUGUGCUCUCAACCAUGACUGCUCACACAUUGGUUGAUCGGCGACCGGAUGUCAAUGCCAUUUUGCAGGAUAUCCGGGCAUUGCGCCUUUCUGCAGAUUCAAACAAAUCCGAUGACUAUGACAUUGCUCACAUGCCGGACUACUUCAAUGACUGGUGGAAGGAAUCACUUGGUUGUUGCAGGGUUUCAGAUAUGUUGCCCAAGUCAUCUGUCCAAGAUGUUAUGGAUUUGGUUGAAUGGCACUUUUCACACCUUCCGGAUCAUGUGAAAACUGGUCUUCUCCCAUAUAUUAUCUGGUGUGCCGUGCCACCAGACAACGAUCGGGAGAGAGUUGCUGGAUAUGUUGCAGACAAGGAUGAUGAAUCUUAG